GAUCAGUUUGUCACCUUCAGAAAGAUUUGUUGCUCUCUUGAAGAGUGAAAGCAACAAUGCAAAGGACAGUGAGAAGAAGCAGUACUUGGAGAUAUGGCAAUCAGAUUGUCUGUUGCAUUGUGUAAACCUUUCUGACUCAAAGAAACAUGGCAUUGUAUUUGAUGAUGCAAUGUUUGGUUCUCUGGAAUGGUCAUCAUCUGAAGAUCGAAUUCUGUUUAUUGCAGAACGCUAUCGACCAAAAGCUGCCUCGUAUUUUGACAAAAAUGACAAAUCAUCGGAAAGCAGCAGCUAUGUUAGGGGAGCCGAGCAUUUGUUCUUUGAGGAGUGGGGAGAACUACUCACAAAACAUCAUUGUCCUGUGCCAGUCAUAUUUAGCCUUGAAACUAAGGACUGUCAAGCAGUAGAUUGUGAUUUAUCAGUUGGACAGGCAUUAUGGGGACCACACGACGAUUCCCUUAUAUUUAUUGGAUGGGACAAUGAGCCAAGGCGUUUAGGAUUGAUAUUUUGUAGUAACAGAAAGUCUGCAGUGUAUUUGUAUAACCUUCAAGAUUUGAAAUUGGAGGAACUGAGUGGUGCAGAUUUGUCGGUCACAUCUCCUCGACUUAAUUCUGAUAAAACGAAACUGGUUUAUUUGGGAAAUAUAGUGGGAGGUCCUCAUAAGAGCUGCAUGCGAUUGAUGAUGCUUGAUCUUGGAACUCGUGAAACUGUCACUCUAGUAGACAUUGUCAAUUCUCCUGGUGAGGGUGGCUUUCCUGGCUUAUAUGUCGAUGCUUUACCGUCUCGUUGUUGGUCAUCAGAUGAUUCUAAGAUUAUCUUUAGUAGCAUUUGGCAGUCAAAACAGGAAAUUUUAUGUGUUGAUAUUUCAUCAGCUUCUGUGUUCAAGAUUUCACCUGAUGGGGUGGCUGGCUGCUGGUCUGUGUUGGAUGUGUUUGAUGACUUGGUAACAUGCUCAUUUGCAAGUCCCAGCUCUCCAUCAAGACUGAUGAUUGGACUGCUAGGAGAACCACAAGCUGGAUCAUCAAUACAGAUUGAAGGCAUGACAACAAUUGCAUCAAGUUAUGGAAACUUUGAAAAUGAUUUAUCGUGGGAAAUUAUUAAACUAAAGCCAUCAGUUGGAGACUCCAGAAUCUUCUAUGAGGCUGUGCUUAUUAGACCAGUGCAAACUGACGACGUCAAACCACCUCUGAUUGUUACUCCUCAUGGAGGUCCUCAUAGUUGUGCUGUAGCCGACUUCUCGGUUUCUACUACGACUCUUUGUUUGCUAGGAUUUGCUGUUCUGUUAGUUAAUUACCGUGGCUCAAUUGGGUUUGGUCAAGAUAGCAUUGAUGCCUUGUUAGGCAACAUUGGAAAGAUAGAUGUGUGUGAUGUACAGGAUGCAGCUGUGAAUGUAAUUCAAUCUGGAGUUGUUGAUCCGACGAGGAUUUUAGUACAUGGUGGUUCUCAUGGUGGAUUUCUGUCAUGUCACCUUAUAGGACAAUUUCCAGAGUUCUACAAAGCUGCUUGUGUGAGAAAUCCUGUCACUAAUAUUGCAGCCAUGGUUGGAGUCAGUGAUAUACCUGAUUGGUGCCAUACAGAAGUUGGCCUACUAUACAAUGUGUGGACAACAGUAUCGACUGCUGAUACACUUACAAAAAUGAUAAAUGUAUCACCUAUUAGAUAUGCUGACAAGGUGAAGACACCCAUUCUGUUUCUUGUUGGAGCUCAAGAUCUUCGAGUCCCACCUCCUCAAUCACAUGAGAUGCAUUAUGCUUUGAAGGCAAGGCAUGUACGAACAAAGAUGUUGGUAUAUGACAAGAGCAGUCAUCCGCUAAUGGAAGUUGAUGUAGAAGCUGAUGCCUUUGUCAAUAUGGUUCUAUGGUUCUAUGAUCACCUGUCUUCAGUAAAGAAAAUUUAGUGACACCUCAUGUAGUUGUGAUAUUCUUUUUUGCAUUUUAAUGUCAAGAGUAAUCUUGGUAUCAUACAGUUAAGCAUCACUCUGGCAUAUCGAAUAUAGAUAUCUAUAUGUUCUCAUCAAA